CGCCCCUGCCGCCGCGGCGUCCCCCGCCCGGCGCCAUGGCCGCUGCGGCCGGGGAUGGCGCGGCGAAGCCACUGCAAAGCGCUAUGAAACUGGCCAACAAGGCCAUCGAGCUAGACACCAGCAACCGGCCCCGGGAGGCGUAUGUGGAAUACCUGAGGAGCAUCCACUACAUCUCCCAAGUGUUACUCGAGGACGUGGAAAACACUACCGAAGCAGGGGAAACAGUGUCCCCUGAUACCUCAAAGAUGCUAAAGCUGGCUGAGCAGUGUCUGGAGCGGGCCCAGUCAACAGCUACCAAACUUGGGAAGAUGUGCCUGAAGCCAGCCGUCCCUGUGGCUCCUCCCGUCCCCUUGCCCACCAGCCGUCACCGACGAGUGUGUUCAGACGAAGGAGGGAAGCUCUCUCCUUUCCUGCCUCCUGAGAUCUUCCAGAAGCUGCAGGUGGCAGAAUCCCAGAACUCUAAGAAGGAGCUAACACCCCUGGAGAAGGCCUCCCUACAGAACCAGAAGCUGAGGGCCACAUAUGAGGCCCGGAUGGCCCGUCUGGACCCCAGCCAGGCCAUGCAGAAGACAUCACUGACUCUGUCUCUCCAGCGGCAGAUGAUGGAGAAUCUGGUGAUCGCCAAAGCAAGAGAAGAAACCCUCCAGCGGAAGAUGGAAGAGCGCCGCUUGCGCCUUCAGGAGGCUGCCAACAGGAGGUUCUGCAGUCAAGUUGCUCUGACCCCCGAAGAGCGGGAGCAGCGGGCCCUGUAUGCUGCCAUCCUGGAAUACGAGCAGGACCACGACUGGCCAAAACACUGGAGAGCCAAGCUCAAGCGCAACCCAGGGGACCUGUCGGUAGUGAGCGGCCUGGUGUCCCACCUGCUCAGCCUUCCUGACCACCCAAUCUCGCAGCUCCUGAGGAAGCUGCAGUGCGCCGUCUACAGUGCACUGUACCCUGCUGUGAGCCGGGCGGCCCUCAGUGCUGCGCCUGCCCCAGGCUGCUGCUCCCUGCCUACCGAAGCCAACGGCCUCCUGGCUCCUGGGAGCCGGCGACUUCGGUCCUCCCAGAGCCUCUACUGCAUGCUUUCCCCCUCAGAGCCCAGCACAGCCCCAAGACCUCUGGACGGACCUCCGUCCAUACCUCCUAUCCCCACACUCCACUCAGGCCACCCAGACAGAGAGGCAGACAGCAGCCCAGCAGGGCCUUCCUCACCCCUGGUCGAUGCUUCAUCCCACCUGCCAGACAAGGACAGCUCCUUUGAGGACCUGGAACAGUUUUUGGCCAUGUCUGAGCCGCAGACCCCCGGAGCAAAGAGGGAGCCCUUGCUGGAGUGUCUGAAGAGCACAGUGAAGGACAUUCACAACGCCAUUGACAGACUGCUCUCGCUGACUCUUUUGGCCUUUGAGAGCCUGAAUACGGCCACCUCCAAAGACCGCUGUCUGGCAUGCAUCGAGGAGCCCUUCUUCUCCCCACUGUGGCCCCUGCUGCUGGCCCUCUACAGGAGUGUGCACCGUACCCGGGAGGCUGCUGUGAGCAGGAGCAUGGAGCUGUACAGGAAUGCACCCCCUUCAGCCCUUGGCAUCCCCUCCAAGCUCCUCCCACGUGCCCCUGAGGCUCAAGCCUCCACCUACCCCUACUGCACCGCAGCCCAGGAACUGGGGCUGCUGGUUUUGGAGAGCUGCCCCCAGAAGAAGCUGGAGUGCAUCGUGCGGACUCUGAGGGCCAUCUGCAUCUGUGCAGAAGACUACUGCCGUGCCCAGGAGGCCAGGCCUGAGGCUGGAACCCAGCCCCCUGCUGCUGCCAUUGGUGCUGAUGACCUGCUGCCCAUCCUGUCCUUCGUGGUGCUGAGGAGUGGCCUCCCCCAGCUGGUGUCAGAGUGUGCGGCCCUGGAGGAAUUCACUCAUGAAGGGUACCUGAUUGGAGAAGAGGGCUACUGCCUGACAUCACUGCAGAGCGCCCUGAGCUACGUGGAGCUUCUGUCCCGGGGACGGCUGGACAAGUAGUGGAGGCUGGACCUUACAGACAAAGGAGCCUCAGGACCUCCACGCUGUACUGUGUAUCUGGUUUGGGGACACCAGAGGCCAGCCUGCUGUGGGGCACUCUAUAGCUCUUGCCCACCUUCCUAACCACACGUCUGUCCUGAAGGCCUAGCACAGUGCUCUUUAGCAGGACAUAGCAGGCUGAGUCAGGCUUGCUCUGUCCUGCCUCUCAGACCCCAUAGGAGAAAUCUGGAGCUGCUAUUUCUUGGGGAUCCUGAAACACUGAGGGGCCUCCAGUAAACCUGGAUGGCCCUGACCUGGUCUCGUGAAUGCUACGCAAUCCCUACUGGAAUAUCAACACAGAAAUGGGCACUGGGAGCCUUGCCAGGCCAGUCUAGUUUUACAAUCCUCCAGUCUCCUGAAACAGCCCAAGUUUAUGUGAGCCAGUUUCUUGUUAGUCAAUAACAAGAGAGCUUUACCCUUACCCCAGCCGAGUGGGUGCAGGUACUGUGAGGCUGUGCUGUUUAUUUAUCGGGCAGCAACUGCCCUGCUUGCUUCUGCUGGCCCAGGUGCCACUGCUCAUGCCUGGAACAAGAGCCUGUCUCCUGCCAAGGUCCAGGACAUCCUGUUCUGGGGUCACCUUGGUUAGGGACAGUGAACAUUCAGGACACUGGCUAACACACACAGUUGUACAGACUCCGGUGUUAAGAGUCCUAGGGUCAGCACGCUGACUGUUAUAUGCCCCCAGGCGACCAGCAACUCAGCCUGUAAUAAAGAAGUUGCACACUA